GUAUUUUCUGAAUACCUCAACAAUAUAUUUGUUGCUUUCAGUAAUGAUGGCCUUCAUUCCAUGCAUCUUUAUCGAUCACGGGUUCAUGUAUUUGGUUUCCAGCCACAUUUAAUAUGAUAUAACCGCUCAUCUUUCUAAACCGAGAUAACAUGUCAUAACGAUUGAACCUAAAAACCAGUAGUUGGAUGUCGAAUCUUCUAAUCACUAAAUGCUUGAUGCUUAUUUAUUUUUCAUAUUUUCAAACUAGAGAAAUAUACUACACACGUGAUAGUUAUAUUUGUGUUGUUAGACUUGUUUAUGGUUACACUCUCUAUUUCAGUAAUAAUCCACAGAUGGUCGAUGCAAAUAAACGAAACUACUCUAAUCUACAUUCUACAAAAAUUCCUACUUUCAUCCAUUUGUCACUUUCAUCUCAGAAAACAUCUAGAAAGUGGAAGUCUGGUAGUGUUCAAAAGAAGCAUAUUUCUCAGCAUGUAUAUGGUAACAGGUUAUCUGCUCUUUCAACCACAAAGCGCUCUGGCAAUAUUUCUCAUAAUGGGAAAUUAAGAAUACCGUUUGAAGAUUUUACUAACACUACUGACCCUACCACUGGAAUACGAAAACCCGAGCCAAUUAAAUUUUGACUUUGUAUUUAUCUUAGUUUGAUUGCGAACUUCUCGCUUUUGUUCUUCAAGCUAUGUAGUUAUCUAAUAAAUAAUUUAUCAGGGUGUUU